AUGUCUCGUACUAGACCCGCUCUUAUACACGGCCCCACAGCCUCAGAGCCGAGCGAGGUCGACGUCUUCGUCAUCGACGCUGCGAAUACGCAGUUCUUAAAUGAACAGCGACUCAUUGCGCGUAGUCGAUUAUUCGGUCAUCGCUUCGCCAGGGCUUACAAGGAGAUUAAACUAUUCCUUGGAAACUGCGACCACCCGAAUCGUGACCAUAGGCUUGUGGAAUAUAGCAAAUUACUCCACACUGAAAUGGUGCUGUACGAGGGUUCUUCUCCCAAGGAGCCGGUGCAUACACAGCGUAAGUACGCACGCUUUCGACAGGGUCUGUUAUCGGCACUCUCCAGUACCGAAGAUGUGGCUUUCGCUUUACGAGACCACUUUGGCUCAUCUCCUGGCAUCGUAUCUACAUCCGAAGACCCUUUCAUGGCAGAGGUGCCACUGGGAAAGGUACGCUGGUGGCACAUCGUGCACUUCAACUUGAAGCUUACCGUCUCGAACAUCCAGAGCGUAGUAGACCAACGCCGAUACAUUGCCGAAUGGUUGAAAGGAGAUGAUGAUGGCGGUCAUUCUGUAGUGCCGAUUGUGACGCUUCUCACACUGCCCGGAAGCCGCACCGGCACGCGGACAGCGGCGUCUGCCCUUACUCCCCGCGUCGAGCGUUGUAAACGGGCGUCUACGCCGCCCGGGGUCACGUCCUCUUUGUCGUGCGAAACCAAUAGCUCGGACGAGGAAUCGGAUGUAGAUGUGACGGAAGGACCUGUCGGAAGUGUUCUCGCGUCGUCGGACGCAGACUGGAGAGUCUUCUACGAGGAAGAAACCGCGCAUAUUGAGAGAACCUUUUCCUCUCUCAAGGUGAACCCGAUCGCUGUCUUUCGCGGUAACCGUAGACGCGCGCAUAGUAUAUUGCAGUUCAUCGACGGCUUGGUCAAAAACACACAUCUCGAGGAGACACCCGCCCUUGCCCAGGAUGCUGCGGUUGGGUUUGCCGGCGAAGGCAUGAACGUCGACGAGCCAAUAGCGAGUGGCGCGAUGUCGAGCGAUCUUGACUCUCGAAUAGAGAUGGUGGAGAAUGCGACUUCCGUAUCUCGUUCGCCGUCACCCGAACGCGCAAUUAGCACCGAUGCUUUGUGUGCCAUAGUUCAAACCACGCCGUCCGACGCGGCUCCGAUGCAGCGGAUGGUUGCCCUCCCAAAUAGCCUGACGGAUGCACAGAUCCCCGCGGUGUCACUCGCAAAUCCUCUGCCCGUCCCCACGCGUUCACCUGAUUCAACCCGCGUCGCCUCGUCCACUGCCGGAGAGCACCCGACUUGUACUACUGCUGCAGUGCGCUCGGCCCCACUUAGCAAUCCUUGUACUGGCACAGUUUCCUCUAGUGGCGAAAGCGCAAUCGUCCUUGAACCGGUGCUACAACCUACUUUGCCGACUGUUCCCUCGAGCAGCCAGCCGAUAACUCGCACUGUACCUAAGAUGUCGAAAUCUCCCAACGACGAAGUUUCCCGCACUACGGAUGUUAACACUGCGUUUGAAGGCGAUGCUUCUUCGCCACCAACCGUCUCGGACCUGACACGAGCUGUUCCCGUUCAACCGGCGUCGCCUCCGCCGAGCAUAGCAGUCGGUCCCUACCCAGACUCACAUGCGCCGGGAUUGCGAGCACCUCAUUCCCCGCUGCAUUCAGCUGGAAUCGACGACCUCGCGGUCGACUGGUUCGCGGCUUCGACCGAAGCACCACUGGCGGCUGAGCCGACCCGUUCUCUUCAGGAUAUAGAAGACGACGCUAUCUACGGUGUGUAUGCGAUGGGACAUCCAUCUGCUAUGCUCCCUUUCUCGUUUGCUGAGCCCGUACAAUCCUUGCUCCCCGACGGCGGGCCCAUGACUGUGCCAUUCCCCUCCAUCGGCACGCCCUCGACUUCGCAUACCGUCGCAACGCAACGGACCGAUGAGUCUAAUCUCUCGCACAGCGGGGAUAAGUCCGCAUGGAAUCAUUUCGAGUUUAUCGGGCACGACAUCUCAAGACAUGCGCCUUGGUGGCAACCUCCAGGGACACGCCCUUCGCACCUUUACUCAGAGACUGCGUCUACCCUACAGGCGUCGCCUUUCAGAGAUGACCGCUUCACCUCUGACGUCGCCGCGCAUCCUGCAUUGAUCCAUCACUUCCCCGCCGCCCCGCCGCCAUGGGCGUUCGCGGGAACCAGUUCCUCCCUCUCAUUGCCACGUCUUUUCUCUUCGACAGGAGACACUGCCAGGAUCGAAGAAGUCUGGGAAGGUGGCGAUAAGCUUGACAGUCCGACCGGUGACUUCCAACAUAACUCGGAGGACAAUGCCUCAGAACAUGUCGCACUGUUGUCUGCGGAUAUAACUCCUGCGUUGGCAGGUCCCUGCGGUACCUCGUCUACUUCGGCUAUUCAGAACGACCCGGUUCUCUUCCAGAGCCUCUUAUCUCCUCCCAUUCUACCGGUCACUGGAGUCUCCGACCCGCCACCGACGGUAGACGGUCGUUGCGCGGCGGCCGACGCGGAGCGGAAUCCGCUCGAGGCGCCCUUACCUCCUCUUCCCGUGCAAGAUUGCAGCCCCACUGGCUUGGAUACAGCGAUCAUGCUCAAUAGCUAG